AGUCCAAAACUUCCAAUGGGUUUGUCCACAGCUCACAGCCUCAAGUGCUAUGUCUGUGAAGGAACCGAAGAUGACUGCAGUAAGAAGAAACUGGAAGCAAACAAGGACAGCAAUUCGCAAGACUGUCCAUCCGGAAUGAAUGAAUGCAUGAGGGUCUGGGCAAAAAAAGACGGCAAGACUGCAGUGGCUAACUCUUGUUCCAAUAGUCUCGGUUGUGAUGCUGCCAAAAAAGUAUGUGACGACGCUAAAGACGGAGAAUGCGCAGUGGGCUGCUGUGACAGCGACUACUGUAACGCGGGCUCUUCAGUUUCUGUUAGUGUGAUCCUGAUGACCGUUAGCUCUGCCUUAGGUCUGCAUGGGAAACAAAUGACGGAUACAACUGAAGGUAAUCGGCUUCUGACAAUCGCUCAAUAUCAAAGAAACCUUCCAGAUAUUAUUUAUUCUUUGAUAUUGCUUUUGAGAAGAAACAAUUGCUCGUUUUUCCGGUUUGCUACCUCUAGUCAUGAAAGAGUUCGAACAGAACCGUGA